UGAUUUGAAGUCUUGCACAGACGGUAGCUACUCGAAUGUACAUCAAAACUAUGCAUGUGCACAAAAGUGUUCGUAUCGUUUGUGCUGUAAGCGGUAUGUACGCUUAUUAGGAAGGCGAAGUUGUCCUUAACAUUAAAUUUGUUGAGCCCUUUCACACUGCAUUCGUAUGCUCAAGAAGAUUAAUGAUGGAAAACUUAUAAAUUUUAUAUUUUUGGACAAAACGCCAAAGGAGGUGUUUUCAGUACCUGGGAAAACGCUCUUAGAGGUAGCACAUGCCAAUAAGAUCGAUCUGGAGGGUGCAUGCGAGGGCAGUUUGGCGUGUUCAACCUGCCAUGUUAUAUUAGAUAAAAAGCUGUAUCAAUCGUUGGAAGAACCAAGCGAUCGGGAGUAUGACCUACUCGACCAAGCCUUCAUGCCAUGUAGCACGUCACGACUUGGAUGCCAGGUAAAAGUUGACGAAAGAUUGAGAAACAGCACCGUAAGACUGCCAAGAGCCACCAGAAACAUGGCAGUUGAUGGAUUUAAACCGCAACCGCAUUAGAGACAUGUUAUUUACAGAAAGAACAGCGAGUAUACUAAAAAAUAUUUUUAUUGCCAUCCGGCUAACGUGUACGAUCUAUGUUCUCGAUCAUUCUCCGUUACAUUACGAAUUGCUAGGUUUUAUUACACAUCG